AUGGAAGUGACUAUGGACGACGUGGCCGGGGAUGUCGAGUUCUCUGGCUGCAGCUCCACGACCACCUCGUCGUCGUCGCCGUCGCUGGACGACGGCAUGGGGAUGUACGCGUGGAACGCUCUCUCCCCGGUGACCGACUGGGGCUCGCUCUGCCCUGACGACGGCGCCCAGGACCUUCACGGCCUCAUCGAGUCCAUGCUCUGCGACGACACGCUCCUCGGCUCGGCCGACCUCAACCCGGCCAUGUUCCCGGACGACGUGUACUGCUGCUCCAAUGGCUCCGCCCCGAGCAGCACCACCACGACGAACCCCGGCACGCCCGUGAACGACGGCGACGCGCAGAAGGGCGACUGCCACGAGAAGGGCCUCUGCCUGCUGCACUUGCUCAUGGCGGCGGCCGAGGCGCUCUCCGGCCCGCAAAAGAGCCGGGAACUGGCCCGGGUGAUAUUGGUUCGGCUCAAGCAGAUGGUUUCCCACAUCGGCGACAACGCCGCUGUCUCCAACAUGGAGCGCCUCGCCACGCACUUCACCGACGCGCUGCAGGGGCUGCUCGACGGCUCCCACCCCGUCGGGGGAGCCGGCAGGCAGGCCGCCGCGGCCGCGGCCCACGGCCACCUCCCACACACCGGCGACGUGCUGACGGCAUUCCAGAUGUUGCAGGACAUGUCGCCGUACAUGAAGUUCGGCCACUUCACCGCGAACCAGGCCAUCCUCGAGGCAGUGGCGGGCGACCGGCGCGUGCACGUCGUCGACUACGACAUCGCUGAGGGCGUCCAGUGGGCGUCGCUGAUGCAGGCCAUGACCUCGCACCCCGACGGCGUGCCUCCGCCGCACCUGCGCAUAACCGCCGUCUCCCGAGGAGGCGGUGGCGGCGCCCGGGCGGUGCAGGAGGCCGGCCGUCGCCUGGCCGCCUUCGCGGCGUCCAUCGGGCAGCCCUUCUCGUUUGGGCAGUGCCGUCUCGACUCAGAUGAGCGGUUCCGUCCGGCGACGGUCCGGAUGGUCAAGGGGGAGACCCUCGUCGCCAAUUGCGUGCUCAACCAAGCCGCCGCGAGCACCACCGUUAGGCGUCCCACCGGCUCGGUGGCGUCUUUCUUGGCCGGCAUGGCCACGCUCGGGGCCAAGGUCGUGACGGUGGUUGAGGAGGAUCAAGGGGACGCCGAGAAGGACGAGGAGGAGGAGGGCGGCUUCGUGGCGCGGUUCAUGGAGGAGCUGCACCGGUACUCGGCGGUGUGGGACUCGCUGGAGGCCGGGUUCCCGACGCAGAGCCGUGUUCGCGGCCUAGUGGAGCGGGCCAUCCUCGCCCCAAACAUCGCCGGCGCCGUGAGCCGAGCGUACCGUGCCUCGAACGGCGAUGGCGAGGCGAGGGCCGGGUGGGGGGAGUGGAUGCGCGGCAACGGGUUCAGGGCCGUGCCGCUGAGCUGCUUCAACCAUAGCCAGGCCAGGCUGCUGCUCGGCCUGUUCAACGACGGGUACACGAUGGAGGAGACGUCUCCGAACAAGAUCGUGCUCGGCUGGAAGGCACGGAGAUUGCUGUCGGCGUCAGUGUGGGCGCCGCCGCCGGUGUCUGUGCCGUCGUCGCCGACGGAGGCGGCGUUCCAGCCCGUGGGGAUGUCGCCGGGCAGCGGUGGCGUGGGCCGCAUGGACUUUGACUACGUUGAUUCGUUCCUCGUCGAGCCCGCUUAUGCGCUAGUUUAA